CUUCAGAAAUGUCCUCCAUUUUGAGCAUGGCUGAGAAGCAUGAACUCAACAAUGAUAGAGUGUGUUUGGAGCUUAUCUUUUGGUCACAUCCUCCAUUUUUCCUUAGACGUCCUCCAUUUCCCAGUCCCUUGUCCUCCUUUGUGGUUAAGAGAGCUGGUCAGGAGAGAUUCCAAAAUGCCCUCCAUUUUGAACCUGACUAAAAAGCAUGGGUUUAUAUUUAUAUUUGUGGUUUUUUAGCUUUUCUUUUAUAAUGUCCUCCAUUUUUCUCGAAAGGCCUACAUUUAGCGGUGUCGCGUCCUCCUUUACAAUUAGGACCCUCUGGUCACCUUGGCCAUGGCCUUCUCCUUGAAGCUGAGAGAGUGUGACUCAGCCACCCAAACUGGGUUUCAUGGCCGAGCUGGGAAUCGAAACCUAGUCUCCAGAGUCAUAGUCCAACACUCAAACCAUUACCAUCCUGGCUCUCUCUCAGAUAAUAUUACUACAGAGCCGGCUCCCAGAAGUAACCCUCCCUUUAAUCCAGUGGGACUUUACUCUCAGGGCUGAUGGCCUUGGAGGAAGGAGACCCCGGUACCUUGAAACGCCACAUAGUGCACCUGCUUCUAAAGUACCCCCAGGGGAUCAGCUUUGGGGAGUUUUCUGGGGCCUUCUAUCAGUUCCAUGGCUACUACCCUCAUAUCUCUGUUCAUGGGUAUCAUUCACUCCGGGAGUUGGUGGCAGACAUGAAAAAUGUUAUGGUUGUGGAAGGUGAUUCAUUGACACCAGUCAUGAAGAUAGCCAAUGGCUUUCAUCUUCACCACUGGCUCCAAGGAGAUGAGGAAAAUGACUUCGAUAGCUCAGACCGGCGCACUGAGAGCCUGAUAGAUAAAGACGAAGAUAAAGCUCUGGCAGAAGUCUUGGAUUUGCUCGUCAGCCUCCUAAGAGAAUACAGCUGUGGCCUGAGGAUUAAGAGAGUCCAGAAAUUCAUGCUCUCCAAGCAUGGAGUUAACAUGGAAAAGUUCAGCAUUGCUCAUGGCUACAGAGACAUCUUGGAAUUCUUGGAACACCAGAUGCCGGAGCUGGAAAUCAGAUACCAAGAGAACGCUAGCAAAUGUGUUGUACAACUUUGUAAAGGUACCUCAAGCCCUACUCCCUCUCUUGACACUGGUUUCACUGCUGGCAACACAGAUACUUUGUCUGAGAAGCUAAUAACAAAGACAUCAGAUCUGGCUGCUGCCUUGGUACCAAUCAUAGAUGUUCUUGGAGACCACCCCCUUGGUAUGAAUCUAGAAACACUGAAGGAGAACUUGCAGAGGAGGCAUGGGUUUAACUUGGAUACUUUUUGCCAAAGAAAAGGCUAUGAAGAUGCCAUGUCAUGCCUGCUGCAUGUGCCAGGGCUUUGUUUGUCAUUCACAAACAACAAAUGUCCUGGCAGUUGUGUGGUGCAACUUCUUUCAGGUAGCCUUGGCCUUCAGAACUUGUCACUAGGUACCAGUUCCUCUUUGGAUAAGCCGCUUACUUCCAGUUGUUCAAAUAUUCUCUCCCAGGAGUCAACAAAAACAAAGCCAGAAGCAUGGACAGAAGUUUUAUCUUUAGUUAAUAAGCUCCUUACCAGACACAAGACAGGUAUAAGAAUUAAGAAAAUACAAGAGUACCUGAUGGCCACACAUGGAGUUGAUCUUGAGAAAUUCAGCAUCGCCCAUGGCUAUAAAGACUCACUAGAAUUUUUGGAGCUUCGAAUGCCUAAUUUAACCAUCACGUACCGAAAGGAAAGAGUCAAGUGUGUUGUUAAAUUUGGACCAGAUCAUUCUGCUGCCCGUGUUUCCUCUUUGUUGGGUACCCCUAUGCCAUCCUCACAACCAACAAAAAUGCUGGAGCCGGUAAAUUCUGCCUCAGACUUUGGAAAUGUCUCUAAGCCUUCAGUCACACCCCAUCAUUUUUCUACAAGUAAAUCUCAGUCCAACAGCCUGUCUUUUCCAGCUUCUUCCAUGUCAACAACAGUCAAGAAUGGGACUCACUCCAGCAUACGUAUCUCACUUCCUGUGGUUCCAAAACUUCCAUCCUUUCAGGAGGACCAUACUACUUCAUCAGUCAAGGCCAGCAAUCCCAGCCACUCUUUCUCCAAUGGUCUGUCCCAAAAUCCAAGUGCAAACCAGUUUGAUGGACCAUCACCGGCUAAAGAAGUGCCUUGUCACUUGGAUAGGCAGCUUCCCAGCAAAUCCAACGUGACUAACAGCGAACCCUCAAAGGACCACAAUGGCCUGAAGCAGCAAGUGGCCCACAUCCUGGCUAUGCAUCCUGAGGGCAUGUCACUAUUCCAGUUCCGUGUAGCCUAUAGUACCACUUAUCAGCAGUACUUGCCACUAGGCAAUGCUACUUCUGCCAAACAUCUUCUGCUGCAAAUGCCGGAUGUUGUUAAUGUGAAAAACUAUGGAGUCCAAACACAGCUACUCCCUGUGUCUUGUGAAAUGCCAUCUGUAAAAUCUGAUCAGCCUCUCUUUUCCACAGAGAAAAAAGUGCCAGUGGUUCCUGGUUGCUCACCACCCAGAAAAGUGUCAGUGGCUCAGUUGAAUUCUGAAGAACUUGCAGGAAAGGAGAGCAAAGAGUGUUGCCUGUUCCCUGAGCCUCAGCUUCACAAAGCACCCAAACCAGGAGUUCCUGUGCAAGAGUAUGUGAAGAUGAGCCCCAAGUCGAUGGAGGUUUCCUUCACUCCUGCAUGCCCUGUAAUUUCACCUACAUAUUCUCAAGUCACAGCCAGAUGUAAAAAUUUGAAACCAAACAAUCCUAGUUCCCAGCCCAUGCAUCUGACUAAUCCCUGGAUUUCUGGCAAUAAUGCUUCAGUACCUUCCACUUCUCAGCCUGCCUCUAUCAGUUUUGGAAUAGGGGCACAGCCAUUUCUUUGCCAAUUGCCAGGGAUACCCUGUGUCUAUCCUGUAUCAUUCCACCCAGUUCCUAGAAAUCCCUUUGGGAUCCAGCUGAAAAACACUGCACUGCAGAUCUCUUCAGCUCAACAAGUUAGGUGUGCUCAGACAAUGCCUCGCAUCCACAGCACAGCACAACAGAGUUACAGUCAUGCCUUCCGACAAGUGGGUCCCUAUUCUGCAGUGCAGAAAUCUUAUGAAGUCCCGCAGCAUGCCCAGUGCCCUGCUCGUACCAUCACUUCAGGGAGGCAUCCUGUAUCUUCACCUUCUAGAAACAUGUCCCAGACUGUCCAUCAAACAGAAUGUUAUAACCAUACUCAGCAGUACCGUUCAGUUGUGGUAGAAGAGAAGAGCUUCACAAUCACAACACUGGACAGAAAAUCUGAGCCUCCAGCAUCUGCUUAUCUGAAACAAUACAGUGAUGGGAAUUUUCCGAUAACCUCUGCAAGCCCAGUGUCAUUCAGUUCACAUGCCCGUGGGUCCACUAGUGCAUCCUUUCAGUCCUUGGAUAGUUCCUCUAGUAGCAAAAGUAGUUCAAAUGUUCUGCCUUCUGAACCUCCAGCUUUCAUGAACCAGCAACAAUCUACUAGUGUAAGGGCUACCAUAACCACCUCAGGCAGAAGACCAUGCUCACCACCUUCCGUUCUAGACUCUGCUGCAAGCCCAAAUGGCAACUUGCAUCAUUCUGGCACCAACAGUAAUUCUGCUACUCAAUCUGUAAACCCCCUGGUGUCCAUCCAUCAGCAACAGUGUACUGGCUUAAGCACCUCUGUAAUCACCUCCAGCAGAAAAACAGCAGACGCAUCACCUUAUUCUCAAAACUCCACCAUAAAACCAUCCUACCAACUCUCCAGUACACCUUUAAGUGUCCAUUCAGAUUAUGAGGCUCCUGCCCAAGCUAACCCUAUGGUUUCUGUUUCCAAAGAUGCUGGCCGUCCUCAUGUCUUUUUGCCAGAAAAACAGUCAUCUUAUUAUUAUCCUCCCCAGAAUUCUCCUCCUCCUCCCAAAAGCUCUGACAAAUGUGUUAUCCUGUAAGAGCAAACAUUAAGGAGAUGGUCUAUGAAGGCUUUUGUAUAUGGAAGUUUCUGGGAGGAUGCAGGGAGCAAUUUGGAUGUGUUGAAUGGGAACAUUCAGAAUUCCUAAGAUUGUCCGUAGCCAUUUCUGGUACAUGCCAUGUGUUGUAUGUGGCUCCUCUGUUCUUGGACAUUGCAGUCCAUUCACUAGGAACUGCAUUGUUAGUGUCGGAAAGCCCACCAGGCCUCCUAUGGCAUGGUGGUUAGAGUUUUGGACUGGAAUUUGGGGAGGAUGGUAGAUUUUAGUCUUCACUCUGACUUGAAAGGCACCAAAAGUGACCUUGAGCCAUUUGUUCUCAACCUGAUCUACCUCAGAACUGUCAGGAUAAUGUCUGCAAGAGGAAAGUCAUCCACACAAUGUUGAGUAGCAUUGGAGGAAAGGCAGGCUAUAAAUGUACCCAGCACAUUGUGUUUUGCAUUCGCUCACCCUUCCGGCACAGAAGACAUCUGAAACCAAGGGACAAGAUGGGAAUGCAAAAUUCUCUGAGAAAGGAUGGGCUGUAAAGCCAAAGUUGUUCAUAGAGGCAGACAAGCUUAAGGAGCCUCUGUUUAGCAGCAACAUUCUGUAAACUGGUCAGUGAUAUUUAUAUUGUGCUGAUCCAGUGUGGUGUAAUGUUUGUAGAGUGUUAGAUCAAGAAGAGGGACACUCAUGUUUAAAUCUCUUGUUACCCAUGAAGUUCACUGAGACCUUGGAUCAGCGAGUUCCUGUCAGCCUAAUUUAGUCAAUGGAUUGGUGCGAGAUGGUGGUGGUUGUAGGAACUGUAGCCAUAAUAUUAUUGGAGGAGAUAUCCAUUGUCCCAGGUGCCUUGAAGGUGAAGCAGGGAAAUAAGUAAUAAGUAAAGUAAGAUUUUUUUAAACAAGUGACAAUAAAUACAGGUUUGUGAUCUGUAUGCAUUGUGCAAAUAUACUAAAUUCUACAUUACCAGGUUUGCCUGGUUUAAACCAAAUCAUUAAAAAAGCCUCUCCUUUUUU